AUGAAUACCCUCAUCCAGAAGCAGAGCCUUUUUCUUGUUCCGAUUUCGGUGUUGUUCUUGUUAUGGAGUCGGGUCGACUCGAUCCAGUUCGAUCUGGAUUCGGGUCACACCAAAUGCAUAUCGGAGGAUAUCAAGAGCAACUCAAUGACUGUUGGGAAGUACCAUGUUGUAAACCCUAAUGAAGGGCACCCUCUUCCUGAAUCUCAUAAACUCACUGUUCGGGUGACAUCUUCGUAUGGAAAUAGCUAUCACAAUUCGGAGCAUGUGAACGAGGGGCAUUUCGCAUUUCAAGCAGUCGAGGCAGGCGAUUACAUGGCUUGCUUUUUUGCGGCCGAUCAUAAUCCUGCAACGAAUUUAACCGUCGACUUUGACUGGAAAUCGGGCGUUGCUGCCAAAGACUGGACAAAUGUUGCGAAAAAAGGCUCUGUUGAAUUAAUGGAAAUAGAGCUGAAGAAAAUGUUCGACACUGUACAAUCCAUUCACGACGAGAUGUUUUAUCUACGUGAAAGAGAAGAGGAGAUGCAGGAACUAAACCGAUCGACUAACUCCAAGAUGUUUUGGUUCAGUUUUCUGUCUAUUCUUGUUUGCCUUUCGGUUGCUGGGCUUCAGCUAUGGCAUUUGAAGUCCUUUUUCGAGAAGAAGAAGCUUAUUUAG